AUGCGAGAACCUUCUCGAAGCGCCUCAGAAAUAUUGGCUCAUGCAAGAAGAAGUGCACGUAAACAGGACGAGUUCACUAGAGGUGGUUUUCAUUUUAUCGCUGUUUGGGAUCACAUCCUUGAGUCCCAGUGCAGUCAUAAUGCCGAAGAAGGUGGAGAUGUUGAAUGCUCGCGCUGUCUUUUCGAGAGAUCUCUCAGUCUUCCGGAACUUCCAGAGAUGGUAUUCCCCAAAAAUACGCUAACUGUCGACUUUGCUCAAUUCCCAGGAUGUUCCAUCAACUUUAAUGCCUUGGACGCUCUCAAAAUGGUGUCUGACAACACACUGCCAGAUGUUCAGGUUGCUCCUUCAUCAGUUUGGCAAGAAUCGAGGCAGGGAAUUACUGGCAAGAUGGCGCAUCCGUUUGACUGGACAUUUACGUCUAGAUACGCUGGAAGCAUAUACGGUUGUACGGCUGAGGCAAGUGAUGAAAAUAUUGAUCUAGAGCGUUUGAAGCGCCAAGAACCGAUUGGAUUCUACGCUCAGGUAACAUUGUACGAGGAUGAGUUAGCGGACCAUGGUACGGCCCAGAUGUCUGUUCGUCUUCGCGUAAUGCCAGACUUCUUCUUUAUAUUGAUGCGAUUCUACCUCCGUAUAGAUAGGGUAUUAGUUCGUGUCUGUGACACGCGCUUGUUAGGCGACAAUGGUAAAGACUACAUGAUUAGAGAAUGGAGUCUCCGAGAAGCAAAGGUGGCUGAUCUCGAGCAUCUUCCAUCCGAGGUUUUGUUGGAUGGGAACCAAGUGUGGGCAUCUCUUCCCAUUGUCGAAGUGAAAAAUGAGAAAAUUAGACCAAUUGCUGCAUGA